AUGAUUCCGUCGCAUGGUGACUUCACUGUCGGCUGGGUCACUGCAAUCAGAAAAGAAUACACGGCAGCCCGACAAGUCUUGGAUGAGGAAUUCGACACCACAAAUUUCGUUCUUCCCCGGGGCGAUCGCAACACCUAUACCUACGGGCGCAUCGGGAGUCAUUAUGUAUUGAUCACAUGCCUCGAAAAUGCGCAGUGUGGCAUCAAUUCUGCCUCCGAUGCAGCCGAUGACAUGAGAAGCAGUUUUCCCAUGAUUCGCCUUUUACUCAUCGUGGGAAUCGCGGGAGGAAUACCGACCCUGGGUAAUGACAUACGAUUGGGGGAUAUUGUGGUUGGCACUGAAAUCAUUCGCUACAGGAGUACCGCGACCGGUGAAUUCGAGCGUUCCGGGCAUGUCGAACCCGCAGGCCGGGCUCUCUUUACAGGCACACAAGGUCUUGCAGUUCAGCUAGAUGAAGGCUUAGACCUAUACAAUUUGCUGGAGAAAACAUUUACCAAGACACAGAAAAUCAAAGAUGACUAUCAAAAACCGCAAGAAUGUAUCGACCAUCUUUGGAUAGCUGACUACGAACACGAUUCUUCUCAAUGUCUUUCUUCCGUCGAUGAAAGAAAGCUCGUAUCUCGGCCCAAGCGUCCUGACUAUGAUCGCAUAAAAGUACAUUCCGGGAAAAUCGGUUCGACGGACAAGCUCACGAAUAAUGCUGGCGUGAGAGAUAAUAUCGGGAAGAAGUUCGGUGUCCUAUGCUCAAAGGAGGAGCCGGCGAGUGCGGAAAAUAAAUUCCCUUGUUUGCAUAUUCGAGGCAUCUGCAAUUAUGCCGACUCGCACAGCAACCAUGCGUGGAAAGGAUAUGCUGCUGCGUCUGCUUCAGUUUACGCCAAAAAGCUUCUGCAAACUAUUGCCCCUGAAGAAGUCUGGCGUAUGAAUAUCUCAAUUGAUAUAAAGAACCUUCAACAAUUUGUGGAGUAUUUGGUCUAUGAAGUGAGCCAAGCGACAAAUAUCUCAGCUCGACUUGCCGAGCAGAAAACAAGAUUGAUGACUACGAGCCGCGCGCUUCGUGGAGUCAAGACAGGUGUGGAGCUUUUGGUCCAGCUGUCACAAGAGGCAGUCAGUGAUAGCCAGCAACAGUUGAUUGAUGCACAAAUCAUGAGAGAUCGUUGGGACGCCCUUGCGGCUAGUCAAGGAGACCUUAGGAAGGCGCUUAAUACCCUUGGUAUGCAUAUCAAGAACUUGCAAAAGUCGGUGUCCUCGAAGGAUUCAAAAUUGGAAUGCGAUCGAUUACAUCUACGCGUCCAGAUGAGCGCUGCAGCCCUUCAGGACCUGAGCAAUAUGAUUAAGCCAUUCUUCAAUAACGUGACAAACUUUCAUGACCAGGAAGACAUGACGCCAAGUGAUGUGACAAGCAUUGCUGCCUCAGAGAGCACUCGGAAGUCCAGCAACCUCACUCAGCUGAGCGGAAGGUUCAGCGAUCUUAGUACUAAGGCCUUUACAAAACCAGAACGACACAGCUCAAAAUUAUCUAUCAGCGAAUCAUCCGAAUCGAAAGACACCGAUGAAAUUGGCUUGUCUGCUGAUGCCUCAGUACACAGAAAGGGACACAGGUGGUCGAAUUUGUUCCGAAAAGAAGAUCACAAACAAGAAGAAACCCGUAUCGAGUCACCAUACUCAGAAGGCGAGAGAACCAAAGGUCUUGGAGUGGGCUGGCGAUAUUCAUUUCAGACAAUGAAAGGCAACAUGUCACGGUCUGACGUUUCUAUCUUCCAAGAGCAGCGGUCUCUGGAAAGACCAACAGAGAAGUCUUUUACACCCAUUUCGAGCGACAGGAAUACGUCCAGACAUACUACAUCCAAGGAGCUUGUCCGAUCGGAUAGCCCCCAAGAAUUGCCAGUAAGUGCAUUCUAA